GGUGUUUCAGCUGGAUGUAAUCAUGAAGCACAUCUCUUCAUCAGUACACCAAAGAAGAUGGAAGGACUGAGUGGAUCUUGUUUGCAAAUCCCCUGUAGCUUCACAGCUAAAGCAGGAAAAGAACAGUUUGACAGCAGAAAAAACAUCUUUGGAGUUUGGAUUAAAAGUGACCCACAAUUUGCCAACAAUGUACAGAAUAUAGUUUUCAGCAGUGGUGGGUUAGUUAACACCUACAAAAUGAGAAUUACUGGAAACAUGACAGAACUAAACUGCACCACUCUGUUUUCUGGUUUAACCACAAAGCAAACAGGCAAAUAUUUCUUCAGAAUUGAGAACGAACCGUUCAAGGCAACAGCUUCUUGUGAUCCUCUUCAGAUAAACAUUAGAGAUUCUCCGUUGAGUCCCAGAAUUGACAUCUUAGGUGAACUGAAGGAGAAGGAAUCUGUCACUAUCAGCUGCUCAGCUUUCACUCUCUGUCCACACUCCCCUCCUAAACUCAUCUGGAAUCUCCAACAAGACUCUCACAACCAAAUAGAAGAAAACACAGACAGAACCUUUACAAGUAAAAUCCAGCAGACCAUCACUCUGUCAGACACACAUGAUGGAUACAACAUCAGCUGCUCUGCCACAUAUCCUGUGGAUGAAGGAAAACAUGGAAAGACAGCAAAGACACAAAGGACUCUCAAUGUUUCAUAUGCCCCCAAAGAAACGUCAGCAUCCAUCAGUCCAUCAGAUUUGGUGUCGACAGGUACCUGGGUGAACCUGACCUGCUCCAGCAGAGCCAAUCCUCCCAUCAGCAGCUUCACCUGGUUCAUAAAAACCACAGACGGAACCAUGAAAAGUCAGACUGGUGAAGAGUCGGUUUUCGAAGAGCCGGAAAGAAAAGUAGAGGAAGAUGAAGAAGAUAAGGAAGAAGAAAACAUCCAUUAUGGAGAGAUAAACUUCAAGCAGAAUCGUGAACCUUCCCCUGACUCAGUGCGGGACAUCCAGCAGCAGCAGGACACAGUGUACGCGGAGGUCAACAAAGUCAACAAGUCGGCAAACAACCAAACACGGACAGACGAUGCACCAGAGGAACUCUAA